AUGCACGUUUCAGAGACUAGGAACGAGCUUGGACAACAUGUCCCCGAAGGUGCAUGGACAAACCCGGAUGGUGGCGACACCCAUGUCGACAUUGGCAACAAGAAGGUUGCCUAUGGCUACACCCCGCCCUGGUACGCCUUUGACAAGAUCAAGGAGGAAUGCCCUUCGAAUGGGUGCAACGGUGAGAACAAGAUCGAGUACGCGACCGAUGUCAUCUAG